AUGUCUAUAGUGGUAGCGAAAUCCCGCGGCUGCGAAGACGACAACCAGGAUGACCCAGGUGAAUCUGACAUUCCAGAGCCUGACCCGGAUCUUCCUCUGGUCCCGCCGGCAGCCGAACCCAUACCUCUUCUUCCCACUACUCCGGCCCCUGUUCCUAGGAUGGAAACUUCAAGGUUGUCAUCACUCUUCCGGAAGGCUCACACUUCGAUGCCCCCGACCGAGCGUCCACACCCAGCAAUGACUAUCCCCUUCAAAACGCCAGUCCUAGCAAUGCCAUUGGAGACUCCUGUCUUCCCCAAGGACCCUAAAGCAGCGCUACUACAAUAAGGGCUGCACAGGAUUUUGGGCUUCAUUCGUCAUGGCCAUCGAUGCGAUAAAAGCGUUCAAGCGACUAAUUCUCAUCGCAUCAUCUGCCGAGAAGCGUCACACACCAGCGAUUACGUAGUGUCAGAUGCUUAGCCAUAU